UUUUGUUGUUCCGUCGGAAGGAGGUAGUACUAGUAUUUAUUAUAAACGAAUACCACUGUAGAAACUAAUUACUAUGCUCUGCUUCCUCAAAUGACAAGGGGAAACUGGUUCAGACACAUCCCUUCUCGCCUUCAGUUUCGUCGGUCCUACUCCUCGGGUGCUCUUGACCCGCCUCCAUUUAUGAAUCCUCGAAGAGUUGUUGUCACUGGGAUUGGGAUGGUGACCCCACUUGGUUGUGGAGUCAAAACUACAUGGAAGCGACUAAUAGAAGGCGAGUGUGGUGUGAGAGUGAUAACUAUUGAUGAUUUGAAGAUGAAUGGAUUCGAUAGAGAAAUCCAGUUGUCCGCAUUUGAUCACCUGACAUCAAAAGUUGCUGGGACAGUGCCUUGUGGAACUAACCCAGGGGAAUUUCACGACGAUUUGUGGCUAAAUUCCAAGGAGCAUAGAUCAGUCUCAAGGUUUAUUGGGUAUGCACUAUGUGCUACGGAUGAAGCCCUUAAGGAUUCUAAUUGGAUACCAUCUACCUUGGAAGAAAAGGAACGAACAGGAGUCUCCAUAGGUGCUGGAAUUGGAAGCAUCACCGAUAUUAUGAAUGCAUCCAAAAUGAUCUGUGAGAAGAAUUUACGUCGGAUCAGUCCAUAUUUCAUCCCACGGAUUCUCAUCAACAUGGCUUCAGGUCAUGUGAGCAUGAUGUAUGGAUUUCAGGGACCAAACCAUGCUGCAGUGACAGCUUGCGCAACCGGAGCACAUUCAAUUGGAGAUGCUGCUAGGAUGAUUCAAUUUGGUGAUGUGGAUGUUAUGGUAGCUGGAGGGACAGAAUCCAGCAUCGAUGCUUUAUCUAUUGCAGGGUUUUGUAGGUUGAGAGCAUUGACUACCAAGUAUAAUACUGCACCACAAGAAGCUUCAAGGCCAUUCGAUUGUGACCGUGAUGGAUUUGUCAUUGGUGAGGGUUGUGGUAUUUGUGUAUUAGAGGAAUUGGAGCAUGCAAAAAAGCGUGGUGCUAAGAUAUAUGCUGAGCUUCGUGGUUAUGGAAGCUCAGGUGAUGCAUAUCAUAUUACUCAACCACAUUUAGGUGGAAGAGGUGCUAUUUUGGCAAUGACACGUGCUUUAAAGCAGUCUGGUCUUCAUCCUAACCAAGUGGACUACAUAAAUGCUCACGCCACAUCCACACCUUUGGGUGAUACUGUGGAAGCUAAUGCAAUUAAACAUGUGUUCUCUGAUUAUGCUACAUCAGGUUGUCCGGCCUUUUCUUCAACUAAGGGUGCAAUUGGGCAUCUACUUGGAGCAGCAGGAGCUGUAGAAGCUAUUUUUGCUGUAUUGACGAUACAUCAUGGGGUUGUGCCUUUGACUCUUAACCUUAGAAGGCCAGAUCCAGUAUUUACUGGUGAUUUCAUGCCAUUGACAACGUCAAAGCAUAUAGAUGUUAAGGCUGCUCUGUCGAACUCGUUUGGUUUUGGGGGAACAAAUUCAUCAUUGCUUUUUGCUUCCAUUAACUAAUCAUUGAAGUCGAAGUUUUACUUGACAAAAUAUAUGCACUGGUGUAUGGAGGUCAACCUGCAUGCUACAUUGGACAAAACUAAUUAUCUAAAACACUCUUAUUUUGUUAAUCUACGAAAAUUUGAGCUUUUCU